AUGUCUACCACUGUUAAUAAUAAUGAAGCCUCUAGUAGCAAUACCUCUGCCUAUAAUAGCGCUGAAUCCUUUGAUUUAAGAAUGAAGUCAAUGGAGGAUCAAAUCAACAACCUUUCCUUAGCCUUUACAAGAUUCAUGAAAGAACCUAUGUUCUCAUCUAAUACCAAUUCACGUAGCUAA